CAUUACAUCGCUAGCCGAUAUCAAUUCCCACCCAAGUUCUGUGAACUUUUGCUUUUGGCUUCUUAAUAUCUUAUUCCAUUCUUUCCUUCAGUCCCGACAUACUCGAGUCCAUUAUUACCCAUUCUUUUUAACAAGAUGCAUUCUAAGACCCUUCUUUUGGCAUUGCUUGGCGCCAUGAGUGUCUCGGCUGCCUCUAUCAAACGACAGAACAACGGCGCCGAUUUUGGCAAAUGCACUCCGACUAUGGACUUUCAACUUGGCCGUCCUGGGCGCAAGGCUACUCAGGGCACGUUUCUGCCCACCGAUCCCCUUGUCAAGGGGGGCCAGCAGGAUGCACUAAACCCGAAUAUCAUUACGAAUGCGAUUUGCAAUCAGCUCACCAACGUUUGUGAUGCGAACCAAGCCGCAAAAACCAAAUGUCAGGAUGCUAAGGCCAAGGUCGAGGCGGCGGGUGUCAAGGAUGCGUCGGCUGCGACGAUCUUCAACAGCGCCCUGGGCUUGUAACCAAUGGCGCUAAGCUUUCUGUUUCACGCUUCGCGACCCAUGGGUGUCGGUUGAACACCAUGCACUCCUGAAUGGAACAAAGCGAUGGUCUUUCCUAGUUGGCCUCGUCAGUAACUGGGUUUGAGUGCUUCUUUAGUUUAGCGACAAAGUGUGCAUACAUAGAGGCGAGGAGGAGGCUGCCGAUGGCAAGUUAGCGAUUUACAGACACCACAGCGCUUCUACCCAAUCUCAUAACUGGCACUAUACUAUUCUUGUUGUGACACCAUGUUAACGUGGCUCAAGUGUGAUCGUUAUGUAGCUUUGUUUUGAGUUUAUAGAAGCAGUUAGGAAAUUCUGUCGCCGUAUUGUCCUCCCG